UCUGAUACGACAGAGAGGUGCGGAGGACUUACAAGCUGAGAAUUGAGUUUUGUCUCUGUCAUAUCUGCUUAUGACACUAAUGAGUGUAUACCGGUUUAAAAGUUUGUAAUGUCAUAUUGUUGUGAGCGGAUGUUCCUGAUGUAGCUUUCAGUGCAGACAAGGCUUCAGCAUCUGGAUCCUUUGGGCAUGUCCGGCCUCAGGCUCAUCUGGCGAACAGUCUCUAUAUAGUAGACAGUUGAAUGUUUCUGUUGUCAGUCGUAAGAAGGCAAUUUCAACAUGAUCUUUUAGUUCACAAUUAACUGAAUACAUUUUGAUAUGAUGGGAAAUAUGCUGAUUGUUAAUGUAGUGAGAGGCAAUUUUUUCAAAGAAUAAAAAAAAACAGAGGCUAGAGCUUUUUGAUGUAGGCACAUAACCGUUUUUUAUGACUAGUUAGAUAGUCUACUAGUUGAUAGCAUACAGGAUGGAAAUGUGAAAUCACAUGUUUAAUUAGGUUGGCAUGUUUAUUAUUAGCCUAUAUGUUUUAUUAUAUACAAGAACAUUUUAUCUAGCCAUGCAGUCAGCAAUCUAUAUGUAGGCCUACGUGAUGUUUAAAAACAAAGUUGCAACAGGUGUCUGAGAGAGAGAGAGAGAGAGAGAGAGAGAGAGAGAGAGAGAGAGAGAGAGGUGGUCUUUGUUCAGUUUUAGAGAUUUUAACGUCCUGUCAGUUUUUACUAAUCUUUUCUUGUAGUGCAGCAGAGAGUUUAUUAAAGACACAGAUGUUCUCGGGAGAGGUCUGCAAGAGAUGAGAUGAGAUGAGAUGUACCACACCUUUAUUAAACUGUAUUAGAUUUGAAUUAUUUAAAAGACGUACAAUUACAGAACACCAACAUUUAUUUGUGCAUUCAUUUCCUAUACCCCAUUCAAAAAGCAAACACGGGCUGUGAUUAAAUUUGAUGAAAAUGUAAGCCUCGGGGACGACCUAAAAUGAAAUAUGAUUUUGUGUUUGGGUGGAGUAAAAUUCCUUGAAGGUUUUCAAACAUAGAAUAAGAACGGUUACCAACUCUUAGUCAAAGCAGUUGUGUCCAAUCUUGAAACUGCUUUCCACAGUUUUUUAAGUGGGCUCACUGAUCAUAAAUAACCAACACAUUUACGUGUGCGUACAAUAGCGUCCUGUCUCUUUAAGACUAUGUGUUGAGAAGUUCAUGUCGGGGUCACUUGAAGUUCCUGCCCUCGAUGUUACCUUUUAGUUUUAUUAUAGACUGACAUCACACGGGGCGCUAAAACACUUAAGGCGCAUAGAGGCUCCAUUAUCAUCCCGGUGCGCGUUAUUGCUCCGACUCAAAAAUAGCUAAGGAAAUUACUAGAAAAAAAAUAGGAGGAAACUGAUGCUGGUCUAAGCACGUAAUUUAUUUUUUUUUUUUACAGGACGGGAUGAGAAAUAGUGGGAGAGGAGGGGCUGAAAGAUACUCAGAAAAGAGGGAGAGGGAGGGAAGUGGGUGGGAGGACGGACCUAAGGAGCGACAAGAAAUUCAUAUCAAUUAAUAAUCAUAAAAAAAGAGCUGGCAGACGCGCGCGGAAAACUGGCAUGGUUUUUUGGAGGCUGGCAGUUCAAAGCUGAAACGUCAGAUAUGACUCCUGGAGGCUGCUGAGAUGAUCAUUAAGGGAGACUUAGAUCGGAUGGCAGAACACAUCGGGCAUGCAGGUGGCGGACUGAAGACGAUGCUGGAUGCCAUGGAUGUUCCAAGUCAUGCUAGGGAUCUCCUGCUGCAGCUCAACAGCCAGCGAACCAAGGGUUUCCUGUGUGAUGUCAUCAUUGUGGUGCAGAACGCCCUCUUCAGAGCUCACAAGAACAUUCUGGCUGCCAGUAGCCUCUACUUGAAAUCUUUGGUGGUCCACGACAAUCUCAUCAACCUCGACCACGAGAUGGUGAGUCCUGGGGUCUUCAGGGUCAUUCUGGACUAUAUCUACACAGGCCGCCUUACUGAGGGAGACCCCACCUCUCCCACUGAACCGAAUCUAGGGGCCGUGUUGGCAGCAGCUAGUUACCUGCAGCUGCUUGACUUAGUGGCCUUGUGUAAAAAGAAGCUGAAAAGAAAUGGCAAGUACCCUCCACGCCCAAAUCCUGCAUUUCUGCCCUACCCAAAGAUGGGGCCUGCCAGUUUGGGUAUAGGAGGUGGGGGCAGGUAUAGAGUUUCUACACCUGUCAUUCAGUCCUGCCACAGCCAUGCAUCCCGGGCACCACCACUAGAGGAGCUGGUUCCCCAUCGACUAGCCAUCCAUGCCGGGGAGCUGUAUGCCCCCACCUCCACCCAGGGCUCUCAGGUGUUCCCCUGCCUGCAGCCAGCUCUGGCCGCUCAGCUCGGCCGUUCAGCCCACCCAGAGAGGAACUGCUCCCCCAACUUUGGCCUUGAUCUCUCCAAGAAAAGCCCAAACUCCCAGUCCCAGCACACGCCCUCCCAUCUGGCAAACACCCACAAUGAAGAGGAGCGAGAUGGAACCCAGAGUGAGCGCAACAGCCCCAUGCAGGGGACCAACGGGAGGGCCUUCACCUCGGAAAAAAUGGAGUCCACAGAUCAGGCGAGCUCCCUAACUCCUCCACCUUUCCCCCAUCUCAACCAGCCUCUCGCCCCGCACCUCCCCCACCUGCACCGCUCGGGCUCCCAGAGCACAGAUCGCUACCUGUGCCCCCCCAGCCCUGACCACCCCACAGACGGUGGAGAGGCAGGCAGAGACAUGGGCAACAUCUAUCGCUGGGUGAAACCUGAGCCAUACGCAGCUGAAGAUGAAGAUGACGAUGACGAUGAUGAGGAAGGGGGUGAAAAUGGAGACCAGCACCAUAACCACAACAAAACUGGGGAGGACAGUGAAGGAGCGGACGACAAGAGUGGGUCGGGCACGGAGGAGACAGGCAGCAGUGAAGGUCGCCCUUCCCCCCCUGGAGCGAUGGGGAGGUUCCACAUGCCUUACGAGCCAGAGAGCUUCGGGGACAAUCUAUACGUCUGCAUCCCCUGUGACAAAGGUUUCCCGAGCUCGGAGCAGCUCAACGCACAUGUGGAGACGCACACAGAGGAGGAGCUGUACGGCAAUUCUGGAGGGGAGAUGGGGAACAUCAAUAACACCAGCACCAAAAACAUGAGCAGCAAUACGAAUGGUUACGGGAGCCUGAACAGCAGCAACAACUUGAACAGUCUGUCCCACCUGGACACCAAAUCCAGCCAGGGUUUGGGUUCAGGCGGCAUCAUGGAGAUGAUGCGACCUUACCGCUGCUCCUCCUGCGAAAAGUCCUACAAAGACCCCGCCACUCUGCGCCAGCACGAGAAGACCCACUGGCUGACCCGGCCUUACCCCUGCAGCAUCUGCGGCAAGAAGUUCACGCAGCGUGGCACCAUGACACGCCACAUGCGGAGCCACCUGGGCCUUAAACCCUUCGCCUGCGACUCCUGCGGCAUGCGCUUCACCCGGCAGUAUCGCCUCACGGAGCACAUGCGCAUACACUCAGGGGAGAAGCCCUAUGAAUGUCAGGUGUGCGGCGGAAAGUUUGCCCAGCAGCGCAACCUCAUCAGCCACAUGAAGAUGCACAGCAGUGGGGGAAGCGCCGGGGGUUUGACAGAUGGGAAACUGAAGCUGGACUUUACAGAGGGCAUCUAUCCUCUGAGUAAAUAUGCAGCAGAGCAUCUGGGCCUGAAGCAGGAGAAAGCUAAUGAGCUUCUCAUCCAAGCUCAGCAGCAACUGGUGGCCGAUGCAAAGGCCAUGGAGAGCCUCUACCCGCUGUCCAAACUGGCCUCAGAGCACCUGGGCCUCUCCCACGACAAGAUGGACAUCCUUGGCCAAGCCCUCCCCCCUCCUUCACAGGCCCUCUCUGAAGCUCGCACCAUUGACCGCUACUCCCCCAGCUAAGACCACCUGACUGGUUAAAAAAUGGAAAUCACCAAAUAGGUCUGUGUGCACACACUUUUUUUGCAGUAUUCAAAAGCCAUUCACCUCAACACAGUAUCUCCUCUGCACCUCAGACUCAGGCCAAAAGGAAUUGGUCUGCUAAUGCAUACCAACACGUGUAAACUGUAAGUGCCUUAAAUGCAUCUAAUGUAUCUUAAAGUUCUUCUUCUUAAAGGAGCUCUGUGCCUUUCUGUGACCAAAGGACUCUCACUCAAAGACGUACAGUAUUUAUGUACAGUGUAUGCAUACAAACAUUUCUAAAAAAUCACAGCCAUUGAGCCAAACUUUACAAAUUGAAAACCAAAAUGAAAUUGUGUUAUUUAUUUUUGUAUUAUGGUGAAAUCCAAAGAGAAACUGUUGCAAGGAAGCGUUGCAACCUGACCCUAAACCUGUGUACACAAAAAGAAGAAGACAAAAAGCACAUGAGGACAAGAUUCAGGGUUCUCGGUCCAGACCUGAGCGGAACUUUUACCAAAUGAAUAAGCCAACUCUUCUGGACUUUAAAGUAAUGAGAUGAUGUAUUUUUAUGUAUUUUUUUUUUUUGUUUGUGGGGUACUGGACAGUUUUUGUAUCUCAAUCUCCAACUUCACCCAAUCAUGUCCCUGCUUCCCAAUGGAAAACAAAUUACAAUACAAUAUGAGCAAGUUCUUCAGCAUUUUGGCUGAGUCUCAUUUUCUUAAUAUAGUAAAGUUACCCACUUCCCUAACAGAUCUUUUGUGACAGUAUUGUUAGCUAAGUAUUGUGAGCCUUAAACUCAGCUUCAACUUGAGCUAAAGCUUCCUUUAAUAUUUAGACUAACAUCCCUCGGCUUUCAGUUGUUAUUGAAAAAAGCAGAAAGCACAGCCCUGUGAUGUCAGAACUGGGACAUGAUUGCACAUACCCAACUGAUGACACACUGAUCCCUGCUUAUUAUGAGUGUAGCUUCAUCGAAGAAAGGGUGUUGUCUCUGAAUUGUUUCGGUAUUAACAAUAGCGGAAGAAGCCAAGCAUAGAGGCAGGGGACAGGUCAGAAUUAAUGACAUAAAAAUAUGUCGUUUACUGUCAGGAGGAAUAACUAAAUUCACAUUAGCCUGAUGAUUAAUCGUGUAGCAGCAGUAGUCAGAUUCUGCUCCGCUGUCCCACCUCCCUGCUACUGUUGACAGGCCAAUUGAGUGCUGCAGGAACACACAGACCCCCCCUUUUUCUCUGCACAUACACAUAGCAGCAUGCUAAUCUGCCCAUGAUAGGAACAUAAGAAGGGGUUUGUGGGUCUUCCCUGGAAGCCGGCGUGUGAACAGCAGCACACCCCAGCUGCUGUGCCUCAGUAAUCCCUGUGAAAUCUCACUUUCUCCAGGACAAUUCGCACUGCUCGCCAGCAUCAUGUCCCAUUUCAUGCCUGCCAUCUUACCCCUCUGAUCCACUUAUUAACACCUCAUUCAAGCCCAGCAAGUGUCUCCCUCCAUCUCCCCUCUCCGUCCCUGCUGGGAGGCAAACGCAGAAAUAUCAAAGAAUAUUUCUGCGUUCGCUGACCAGCAAUUCCUCCAGCUUGAAAACAAAAGAGCACUUAAAGGUUGCGGGAAGACGGCACAUUUUUUUUGUUUUUUUUCCCAAAGAACAUUCUUGCUCUUUUCUUGCUCUUUGUCUUUUUUUUUUCCACUUUCAUUGUUGAUUCAGAUCAGAAAUGUCUGACCACUAUAGUGCCAACGCCAACCUCAGUGGGUGAAUGUGAAGACUAAAGCCAUAAAUACACUGUGAUAGACGUAGUGAAUCUUAGAGGCUUAGAAAAAUUACAGAGAAUUACAUGUGCCUGACUCUUGGGAUUGUUUUUUUUUUUUUUUUUUUUUUUCAAGUAUAGUAAAUUAAGGGCUUCUUCUCUGUAGCAUUUGAUCAUAUCAAACAUGUUGUUUUCUGUCACUUCCUUUUUCUUUAGUUUGAUUUGAAAUGAAAGCAGCGCACGUGAAACUGGUGCUUACCUCAGGACUGAACCCAGCAUGGGGGCGCUAAGCUUUACUUAACCUUUAUAAACAAUUCAUCACACACACCUUUUUUUAAUUUCAUUAUUUACAGGGCAUUCGUCCUGUGUUAAACCUGUGGUUAUUCAUGUGUUUAUACAUUUCGUGUUACUUUCAUGAGGGAGAGAUAAUAUGUGAUAUUAACAUUUUUUUUAAACUUUUUACUAUGCUGUAUACAUUUUUCUAUUGCGUGUCCUCAAAGAGGCUUCUGAUGGUCUGACCCACUCCAUUUUUAUAACAUGAUGCAAAGCCAUUUCAGUAGCAUCUAAACUGGCUGUUUGUGAAUUCCUGAACCACACUUUAGCGAAAAGGAUGGCAUUAAUAUCUGGUUUCAAACACACAUACAGACAAGUUAAGGUUGCAAGUGUAACAUUUUGAAGCUUCUCUUUAAGACAUGAUGUGUUAUCAGUUCUUCCCUAGACAGAUGAGCUUUUUUUUUUUUUUUGCAGGGCUAGCAUGACACCAGCCUCAUAUUGUUUGACCUCUUCUCCAGAGGUCAAUGAACUCUCUGUUAGAGUCAGACUGAGUCUGCAGAUAAAAGCAAAAAACGCAGAGGAAGCCUGCUUGUUUUGGAUGAUGUUUCCAUUUUUAUUUCGCACUCUGACAAGAAAAAAAAGAAAAGCUGAGAUACAAUGUUUUUAACAGUAAACAAUAUGUAUAAACAUGUAGAAAGUGUAGGAGUAGGCGGAUGUGAGUCGUGGGAAUUUCAGCCUCUCUCAUUCACAAGUUUAAAUGAAAAACCUUCUCCUCCUCUUCCCUUUGCUUACACCAUUAAAAUAACACAAAGUGUUUCCACUGUCACACCGAAUCUGUGCAGGAGGGAAGAGCAAGAUAAUGUCAGAGCAUUUCUGUCGGAUGUGCACUGUUUGAGAUUUGCUUAAUUGCAUUAAUGCGUAUGCCAGACAGGGGAGAACGAUCGGGUAUCUAUAGAAAGGGGAAGCAUUUUCCCGUAUGUUUGUGUGUCCCGAUGCCUUUAGAGUGAAUGAGGGGCUUGUUAAUGCAUGUCCUGGGAAUAAUUUUGGUGUGAAGGAGACGAACUGAGGAGCAGGAAGUGAACUUUUGGCUGGUGUGUCGUGUCGGGCAGGAUGUGCCGUGUGUUUCUGCUCAGAGGCAGAUAGAGAGACGGAGAAUGAGGAGGGAGAGGAGCAGGGAGAACGCAGCAGGGUGUGCGCGAGCCAUUGUCUCAGUAUGAAAGAGUGUUUCGUACUUCUAAAACUCUCCAUUCAGAAAACAAGCAGACUGUAUCUUCUCUUUUCCUUCCCGUCUUUUGCUCUUUGGGAGUAAAACCUCUGCUCAGUAUCAACGUGAUACGACAUUGUGGGCUUUCAAGGGCUGCGCAGUGAGGAAGCCGUUCAGACAUUUUGUUACACUUUCAGGAUGUUGUGGAUAAAACUUUUUGGCUUCCUUUCAGUCAGAGGAAUUCAUUACAACAUUUUCUCCAUAUGUGUAUAUUAUUUUGAAAAUUAGGGCACAGUCAAUUAAUAUGCAAGGACUUGCGACUAAUUCAAAUCAUGUGUAAAAAAACUGCCUGCAUUUCUUUUCCUCUGUGGUUGUUUUAAUUAGAAUAAUUACUAAAGUCUUGUUUCAAUUAUUGGUGUAGCCGCUCAUCCCAUGAGCUUUUUAUGUGAUCUGCCCUCAGUAAUGUAAUUUAUAUGAGACACCAAACAGAAAACCUCUCAUUGCCACCAAAGUGGUUAAGAUGAAGAUGUUUUGAAAGUAAUAAAACGAGACACUCAAAACAAUUUAUGGGUUACAUUAAUUGUUGAAAUGAAAAUGAAUUAAUGCUUAUAUAAAUAAGCGCAGUAUAAGACGAACCACCAGAUCUGAGAUGUGGGUGGAUGUUUUUCUUUUAUUUAAUUUCUAAGACCAUUUCAGUCCUAUCUGAUAAUAUUAUGGCAACCGUCCCAGGCCCAUAACUUUUGUAACACUAACAAUAUAGAUGUAAAAAGGACCUGGCUGAGUUCCAGCGGCCCUCAUGUAGACCAAAAAAGGGUUUAGGUUGAUGAUAAAAAUGCAAAGUAUGCCUUUAAGCUUUCUACCAGUGACAGCAGGCUGAGGUCACCUGUGUCACACUGAUCGGAGGUCUGUUUGACAUUAACUGUAUGCGACCAUGUGUGCCAAAAGGACUGAAGCACUUAGCAGACAUCCCUGGUGCUCAAAACAAAAAUCAGCUGCCAUUUUUGCC